AUGCCGCCUGCCUCCCCGACCAAACUUCCCAACCAAUCAAGUGGCAGCAAUAGCAGUUGUCUCUGGCCCGACUCCGAGUCCCCAAACUCUCCACCAGCUCAACACCACCAUCACCCCUCGACUGGUGUCUACUUUACCGGUCCCGCCCGAGUGCCUACCACCACAGUCUGUUACAACAUCAGCUACCCCCAGUUUAACAGCCUCGGUAUUUACGGCACUCCGACCGGUGGUGAUGAGUGCUUGUCACCAACACUGCGUGAGCUCACCAGUACGCAGUCAGACUCUCCUCCUCAGACGAUGGAAGUCCUGGAGCCCCCAGAAGCCGCCCGGGAGGCCGUCCAGGGACCCGACAUUGCGCAUCCCGGUGCCUGGACAGCCCUGCCUUCAGGUACUGUCUGGCCGUAUCGCUUCGCUGAAGACUAUAGCAGUGGUGUUGAUGCCUUCCGUCUGGGGUGCGGUGAGGUUGAGGGUGAGGGUGGCUAUCAGACGACCCUGCUUGAGGCCCCGCGUCCCAACUACAGCCUGUUUCUGUACCAACAGCAGCAUCGG